CGGUGUGAAUCUGUGUUUUCAGUGGUGGAUAUUGUUAGGAACUACACAGCUGAUUAUGACAAAACUCUAAUUUUCAACAAGAUUCACCAUAAACUGAACCAGUUCUGCAGCGUGCACACUCUGCAGGAGGUCUACAUUGAGUUGUUUGAUAUUAUAGAUGAGAAUCUGAAGACUGCAUUACAGAAAGAUCUUAAUGCGAUGGCACCUAGACUAACAAUUCAGGCAGUCCGUGUUACCAAGCCAAAGAUCCCAGAAUCUAUCAGGAGAAACUUUGAACUCAUGGAGGCUGAAAAGACCCGCCUGUUAAUAACAGCACAGACUCAGAAAGUGGUAGAAAAAGAAGCAGAGACCGAAAGGAAGAAAGCCAUUAUUGAGGCUCAAAAGGUUGCUCAAGUAGCAGAGAUCCAGUACAAGCAGAAAGUCAUGGAGAAAGAGACGGAGAAGAAGAUUUCUGAAAUAGAAGCUGAAAUUGACACCGGAAUACCUGGAGCUCAUGAAGUACCAGGCCAUAGCGGCUAACAGUAAGAUCUACUUUGGCCAGGACAUUCCUAACAUGUUUGUGGAGGGGACGAACGGCGCCACUAAACCCGUGCCCUCGCCUAUUUUACCCAACGCUGAACCAGAACUGCCUAAAGCCAAGUAAAAGUCUCAGUGAGUCCACAGCUGAGCCUCUGCACAGGGCAGGACGACCUGAUGCAAAGCGAUCUUGUCACUGAACAUGUGUUGCUUUGCCGCUAGUUUGGUGAACAGCACACUUCAGUCUUAAAUCUACAUGGCAAAGAGACAGAAAGCGAAAAGUAAGAGUUUGGGAUACAGUGUGAGUCUUACUAGGAAAGAGAAUGAUGCCGUCUUUAUGUCUAGGAAGGUGACAGAAAGUACUUACACCUGCUUUUUUUCCUUUUUUUAUUUUUUAUUUUUUAAAUCAGUGCAGCGUUUAACUUUGAUUUUGGAGCCAUUUUCAUUACACAUGUGCAGCAGCUGUGAUUUGUGAUCGCCAUGAGUUACUGGUUUUCCAACCUCUGGUUUAGCUACAUUGAAACUUGACUGGUGACACUAAUUAAGUUGAUGGAGACGGUUUCUAAGUAAUUAAAGUCAUCUGUGCCAUUUGUUUUCUUUUAACAAGUUAGUGGUUAGCUGUGCUCUCUUAAUCCACGCCUGAGAACCAAUUGAUUAACAUCUCAUGUCCCAUGCUGCUCAUGGUGAAGUUUUGACACUUAGUCUGGUUGAAUACAGAUGUUUCAACAUUAAAGAUGCAAUAAAAAUAAUCAGAGAUCAGAGAUCGUGAAGCUUUGUGGAGGAGAGUAGUGGAUAAAUCAGAUUGUUGGCUGUUCGCUUUAUUUUUAUGGAUGAUUUUUUUUGUAAUCUGUUGGUUUGCUGACUUUCUGUGACACUUACUGUGAAGGAAAAGGGACAUAACUCAUAUUUUUUGUCUUAUGAAACUAAAUUAAGAUGCUUAACAGGGAGUAAAUCAGUAGAGGUGUGGGAAUUUGUUUUGUCAGGAUGUCGGCAUGCUUGUUUGGUUUUGAUUAACAGGGCUAUGCAUGUUUUAUUUUCUUUUGUUGUUUUUUUAAUUCAGAUAAAUAGAACCCAUGACUUUCUCCUUAUACAGCUUGUUCAGAUAUAAUUAAAUGUAAAUUCUCAGGACGUUUUAUUUUAUUCUAAUCAUUGUUUGAUUUAUUAUUGACCAACGCUUUGCUUUUACGUAAAAAAAAAGAAAAAGUAAAACAAAAAAUUGUUUUCAAGCCUAAACUGAACGACUGAUGGUGAAUGUUUGAUUGCACCUAACACCUUUUUGUAUGCAGUCAACUCACAGUAUCUGUCUAUAUUGUGAGGAUAAGGUUUUGUUGAGGUUGAAUUAAUCGUGUAAAUCUUCCAAUUUUGUCAUUGUUUACUUUUUCUACUCUUAAAACUUGACUGGAAACUUCUGAUAAUUUGCUGAUGACUGUAAUGUUGAUGGGUUUUCAGGGUCUAAUGGCAACACACAGCUCCUGAUUAGUAAUAAGCUGUUAAACAUACAGUUGUGCUCAAAAUAUAAGCAGUGGGUUUAAAACGGAACGUUUUUAACCGUAACUUUGCUUUCCAUUCAUCGGAAUUAUUAUUUUUGUUCUCGCUGGAAUAAUAUUUAGUUGUUUAUCACUGUUCCUAAGUGCUUCACAUCUGUAGCAUGGAGUCUACUUCUGGUUCCUUUGAACGCAGCUCGCAGUGGACACUACUAAUGCUCGUUUACCUGACCUCUACGCUCUGCAUUGCUUUGGUGAUGGGUUCAAAUGUUGAUGCAAAAGGAGGGGUAUGAUUCACUUAUGAAAUUUAUUUUUUUUGUUAAUAUUUUGUACAAUCUGUGAAAUUGAAACAUUGUCUUGUUUUGCAUUUUUAUGCAAAAAUGUUUUCCAGUUUUGACAAUGUUCUUAUGUAAAA